AUUACGUAGAAAUCGGAGACGCACUUAACACUUACAGAACAUCUUGAGCGUGGGCACAGUAUCUUGUCAUGUCAAAUUAUUAUAACAUUUAAUGCAUUUAUCAAUUUGUAUAUAAAUUAUAACUGUCAAGAAACCUGUGGAUUUCUUUUUUAUUUUUCCUGCACGUAGAUAAAAGGUCCAAUGGAAAAUUUUGCAACCACAAUGGCGACACUGAAUGUGUCAGAGAUGGUUGACAAUGUUACUAUGGUGACACCAAAAGUAAGAGGGGGGAUGGCGCUACCUCCUAAUUUUAUAGAUCUGAAGAAUGCUGACAUGGCCAAAAAGAUGAUAAUACCAAUUGUUUAUGUAGCCAUUAUGAUGGUACUUGGCUUAAUAGGCAAUGCACUGGUAGUAUACAUCUACGGCUUCAAAUGGAGGAGCACACCUGAAAAAUGUUUUAUAACUACACUUGCUCUAUUUGACUUGGUUAACUGUGUCAUUACCAUGCCAACAGAAAUCGCUACCUUAGUUAGUUUCUACCGUUUCACCUCCCACAGCUUCUGCAAGAUCUCUCGAUUUUCCACAUUUUGGAUGAACAAUAGCAGUGUGGUGCUUCUUUUCGCCAUAGCAGUGGAUAGAUUCAUCAAGAUUUGUCUACCAAACAAAAUGUCCUUCAACUACCACAAGGCCAAGAUUACGUGCGUGUGUUCAACUGUAAUUGGAUUGGUGGUAUCAUGGCCGAGUCUUGUAAUUUACGGUAUUAUGACGAUACCUAUUACUAAGGAUAUCACAAUGACCUUCUGUAACGUAGCAGAUGGAAUGGAAAAUAGUUCGUACACCUUAGGUUUCUACAUUUAUCUUUGGGUUGCCUUCUUGGCAAUUGCACUUGCUAUGAUUAUUCUAUAUGGUCUGAUUGGUAUUAGAAUCUGGCUGCAGAAAUCUAAGGGAGAUAAGCGAAAGGACUCUCUGAAAGCGUCCCUGCGGAGUUCAAAAUCAGGUUCUCAGAGUCAUGAAAAAGAAGUAUCCUUGCUAUCUAUUAAGCCUAAAGUAGAAAUGGAAAACACUCAAUCCGUUGAUUUGAGUGACGACGCAUUUGAUUCUGGAUCAUCUGAAGAACCCAAACGAGACGGAGUUGUUAUCAAACCCCCGGUGAAUCCAGAGCCCAAAACAUCGGCAAGGUCGAGGCUCAAGUCAAUGACCAGCGUCCAUAUUAGUAAGUCCGGACUCCAAGCCGGAAAGGCCACUGCAAUGCUUUUCGCAAUAACCAUGGUUUAUAUUAUCAGCUUUCUACCAUACUUGGUCAUAACCAUUAUGCGAACCGCUUAUGGGGAUACCUGGUAUCCGAGUCUAUCUUUAUCUUCGCAGGUCGCGGUUAACCUGUUUCUAAGAUCGUAUCUGAUAAGUAAUACCGGAAAUGCUAUAGUUUACGGAUUCUGCAAUCUUACAUUUCGACGCGAGUGUGCAAAAAUAUUCACAAGACUAUUCUGUUGCAAGAAGAAUUAAUCAGACAUUGAAAUCUUAAAAUUUAAUAAAAUGGCCUUAAGUGGAACUUCGUGUAAUUACUUUUAAAUUGAAAAUCAAUAUGACCACGGAAUCUUUGCUGUUUAAAGCCCAAUUCAAUCAAGCGGUGAAAUAGCAUGGCGGCCCAUUGCACAGCGAAUAGAGAGAUUUACUGAGAAGAUGUUAGGAGUUUGUAAUUAUUACAUAAUUAUUACUAUAUCUAUUGCUUAAUAUGAUGUCAAACUCUACUAUAGAAUUAUAGGAAUCAUUCUAGCACUUAGAAUAGUAAUUAAACAUGAUAUAUUAUUAGCAAAAUUACCGUACCUGUUUUCUAUACGCUCCAUGGAAUUGGCAAAGUUCAAUGUUGAUGUUUCAACUUUAACAUGAUAUAUUUGCAAAAUUCUCAAUUAACAAUAGUGAAUUAUAGGAUUAAUAAGAUUAAUCUUUUACAGAGUAGGACUGUGUAUAGAUUCCAUGUGCUUAUAGGAUUUAUUUUAACAAUUUUUAAACAUAUGACUUAAUAAAGAAUGCAACUAUGGCUUUAAAGCCACAGAAAGGCGGACUAAAUUAAUAAAUUGUCGAUGUUAUAUCUACUUUUAGAAUUUUUCAGUGUUGUAUUUGGCUAUGAUAGCAGAUCUACAACUCGGCAUUUUAUGAUUGCUCUUAUAUUCUAAAUAUUAAAUAGCUUUGCUCUGUUUAGGAUAAAUGGAAACAAAGUUUGAUAGGGUUUUUCGAAAACUUUGAUUUUUUCUAAUCCUAACGAGAUAUUAUUGUCUUUAAGACAGCUGAGUCGAAAAACCCAGACGGGAUAAGGCUUUCUAGAGAAAAUAAUUUGAAAGGCAGAUUACUAGAUGUUCGAAUUUAAUUCCAGAAGAACAGCAAUUGUUUGCUGUAGUCCACCAUUUUGUGUAUUUAUGUACAUUGCAACGGUUUACUGUGUAUAUUUUUUACAUACCAUUUUGAUGUAUUUUUGUAGAAAAGUCUUUAUUUACCCAUCUUGCUUUAUUGCUUUAUUAAAAAUGUUUUUUUCUUAUUAUAA